GUUAUCACAUCAGCUCUUCCAAAGUACAAUCAGUUUCGCAGUUAAGAAUCUGAUCAGCUUCAAGACGUAUUCACCGUUCAAGAGAAGCACAGUCUGAAAAAAGCAACAGGAAGACAAAGAAUAGCCAAGGGAAGCUCUGUCCAACAGAAAUAUGGAGACAACGUCGUCACUAUUAAAGUCUGUGUCCCGUAUGGUAUACACCCCCCCACAGCGGCCAUUCAAGGUGUGUUCCCAUGACAGAGGAGUUAGGAAGGGCGUCACCGCGGCAACUCUGCAGCAGCUGAAAGAGAAGGUGGCCGAGGUUCUGAUGCUGUCCUCGCUGUUGUCUCUGGUGUGUGAGGAGGAUGGGACAGAGGUCGACUCAGAGGAGUUCCUAACAGCACUGCCAGACAACUCCGUGUUCAUUGGACUAGAGCCUGGACAGACUUGGACACCCCAAGCUGCAUCAGCCACUUUUCAGACUGUCCAAAGGAGCAAUGGUGGCAAACCAUCAGAUUGCAAACCCAGGAAGGGGCAGGACAUUGCUCGCGUCGUCCUGGACUUCUACCGCAUCAGCCCACAUGAUUUGUUUGGCUCUCUCAGCGUCAUGGCCACGUUCCAAGGCUUGUACUCAGUCGGGGCAGACUUCCAGCUGCUAGGGCCCAAGAAACUUCUGAAGGAAACCCUCCGGCUGGCGUCCAUGCUCCUCCAGGGUGCUGGUCACAUGCUCAUCACCUGCGCCUCCAUGAUGAAGCGAAUCAUCGAGGGGGCAGACCUACUGCAAACUCAACGGGGCCCUGUCACCUACAGGGCGCAGUGGGAUUGAUGCCUUCAGAGCCUGAGCCUGACAUGCCCCCACCUCUGCCACAUGGCACCAGUCCCUGCCACUAUGCCAGCAUGAAUCACACGCCAUGCCAACUGCUGUGUAUAGAUACAUUAGGCGGCAUUGCCCCCAUACUGGUGUUGUGGGUGUCUAAUUCAACCCACUGGAAAGUACACCACUGUGUUAUUUGUUUGUUAUUUGAGAACUUGAUUGUUCUCUCCUUUGUACGUUGCUUUGGAUAAAAGCGUCUGCUAAAUGACUAAAUGUAAAUGUUAUUUUGAGCACUAUGUUAGCACAAAAUGCUGCUUAUUGUACGCCCUGCCUUUCAUCAGGUUUUAAAGUAAUGUAAUGCACUAAUGCACUGGUCAACGUGAGUUGUUUUUAAAUGUGCUUUAUAAAUAAAUUUGACUUUGACUAAUGUAGAAAUGCUGAUGCAAUUGAAUUUAGCACAAUUCUGAGAGUUUGUCAUUAAACAGACUAACUUUCUAGAUAACUAGAAGUUUGUUUUCUUUAACAUUAGAGAGACAUGAUGACAGCAUUCAAAGUUUAAUUUGGAUGCUAGGUCAUGCUAGCAUGAAUGAAGUGUACGCAGAAGGGACAAAAAUUAUUGUUUUUAAGCUACAGGUUUGUCAUAAUCCUGGGUGUUGUAUGUGUAUUAGCUAGGACUGUAAUAAAAGAUCGAUAUAUUGA